CAUAUAGUGACGGAGAUGCGAUGCUGCUGUGUUGGUGCUCAGGAGCUGGCAGAGCGCUACGCCCCUCUGCUGCGCCUGCCAGUGACGGAGGUGGGCGGAGCUCUGGAGCUCAUCAGGCAGCAGGCGGUGAAACGGGGCAAAGAGAGGCAGAGGUUCAGAGAGACGAGCGUCGCCACGCUGGAGCUCCUGCUGCCCCGGGACAACAGGAAGGAAACGAGGACCAAGAGCUACCUGGAGACGAGGCUGGACGCGAGGGUGCAGGAGCUGGUGGACAGGAUCGGAGAAGACUUCGGCCUGAAAUACAUCAAGCUGAUCCUCAACGGGAGAACUCUGUGUGUCGACCAGCCUCUGGACCAGCAGGGGGUGAAGAACCACAGCAAGGUGAUGGUGCUGAAGGUCAGUGACGCGGAGUGGAAGCUCCAGCUCAGCGAGGAGGAGGAGAAGGAGAAGAACCAGAAGGAGAGCCUCCAGAGGACCCAGAAGGGCUUCCAGAUCCUGUCCGAGCGAGAUGGCAGUGAAGACUCCUCCCCUUUCCUGGAGAUUGCUGACCAGAGAGGGAACCCUCUCACGAUCCCCCCCCAGGAGAAGAAGGCUCUGAUCCUGGCGAUGGGUUUCCAUGAGAAAGGUCGUUCUCUGAUGAAGAAGAAGCAGUUUGACCUCGCGCUGUGUCACCUGCUGCAGGCCGACCAGCAGUUCAGUCGCUGUGGCUCCGCCCUGCUGGCGUCGGUGGAUAACUUUGCCGUGCUGCAGCUGGACGUGGUUUGGUGCUACCGAGCUCUGGAGGCUUUGUCCUGCCUGGAGGACGGACGCAGUCGCCUACAGAGAGCCGAGGACUGCUUCCUGCGCUGCUACGGCGAGCGGCAGCAGCGGUUGCUCAUGAUCAAGGGUAACACGGGCAGAGAGGAGGUGUUGUUCCUGCGGCUGCACCUCCUUCAGAGCCUCCUCUCCUACGUCGAAGGGAACGACGCUCAGGCCCGACACCAGCUGUCCAAAGUGGAGGCCCUGUACACUCGUCUCUGUCUGGACUCUGAGAAAAUGGCUCAGCUGAUGUCUCUGGGCUUCACUGAGCGAGAAGCUCGGCUGGGACUCCGAGCCUGUGAGGGAGACCUGCAGGAGGCCGCCAUCCACAUCGGCAACCAGAGACAGGAACGAGAGGAGCUGAAGCAGAGGGAGAGGAAGAGGAGGAGCAGGAGGAUGGAGGCCAUCUCCAGCCUCACUGAGCUCGGUUACUCCAGGAGAGACGCCGCCAGAGCCCUGCAGCACGCUGACGGAGACGUGGACGUGGCGUAUGGAAUCCUGCUGGACUCCGGUGGAUCGGCUCAGGCCACAGGCAGCCACAGCGAGGGCUCCGUGGAGCAGCUCUUGUACCUGGGCUUCCAGAGGGACGUCUCCGAGGCCGCUCUCAGACUGACGGGCGGAGACGUCCAGUUGGCGACUCAGCUGCUGCUGGACCAGCAGGGUGUCCUCUCGCCGGAGCUGCUGUCAGAGUCCCCGUCCUCCGAGGAGCCCAGCACCUCUACAGGAGACGUGUCCACGGAGGACAGCGAGCUGGUGAACGAGGCCUUGGAGGACAUUGCUCGUCACGAGGAGGACUACCUGGACCUGAACCUGGAGGAGGAGAGCGAGCUCAUCGCCACCAUGAAGACCUACCUGAGCCCCGCCCACAGCGUGUGACACGCACGCGUACACGCACACGCAUACACGCACGCACACACACGCACACGCACACGCACACGCACACGCACACACAAACACACACACACGGUCCCAAGGUGACAAGUAGACUUUGAUUUCUUUCCAACUUCUCACUUUAUUUGAAAGUAAAGUGAGUUUGUCUGUUUAUUAUGAUUCUUACACACAUUCUGAUUUAUUUUAUUUUGUAAAUUAAACUUCAUUUAUUGUUGUUCUGACGACGAUAAUCAACAUUUUGUUUUUGUCAAACAUUUAAUUUAAUUUCCUUUCAUGUUUAUAUUGAGUUCCAUGUCCAAGACAAUAAAGAUCUGAAGGUUGAAUCUGUGAUGAUC